CAAAAAAUCUCUCCACGUUCAUCGCUGCAUUGAGGAGGAGCUUCGCGUGGACCUUCUUCGUUCUCUUCGCUCGCGCCGCCGGGAACAAUGAUCAUUGAGUACUGUAUACACCUCGUGCGCGUCGCUUAUGGAACUAGUGCUCGAGCUGCUGUGCGCCGCACCUACCGGUGGCACUAGCCGCCUAUUUAGGCACCACACUGGCCACAGGCAGGAUGCGCACAGACAGGCCGUGUAUACAUCAAAGAGUAUCUGCUAGGAGCACGAAAUUAAUUAUUUAUGAGCUCGAUCACGGUGCUCAAAUCCUCGCCGGCGAUCGUCGUCCCGUCGGAGGCGGAGCCGGAAGCAGCGGUAGCACCGAAGGCCGGCGAGACCGUCGGCCUCUCCUCUUUCGACAAGCGCGCGGGUCCUUUCCCGGUCACGAUGCUCCUCGCGUACGACCGGCCGAUCCACGAGCCCGUCGAGACGAUCAAGCGGUCGCUGUCGCGGGCGCUCGCUCACUACCAACCCAUGGCCGGCCGCCUUAGCAACGGCGACGACGCAGGGAUCGUCUGCUCCGGGGAGGGCGUGCUCGUCGUGGGCGCACGGGCCAGCUGCGACCUGGAGGAACUCCUGGACGACCAGAAGGGCGGCGCAGCGCGGUUCGUCAAGGACCUCGCCCUCAGCUACGCCAGCGAGCCCUGCCGCGAGUCCGACCCCUUGCUGCUCGUGCAGGUGACCGAGUUCGCCUGCGGUGGGUUCGUACUCGGAGUGACGUGGAACCACGUGGCGGCAGAUGGCGCGGGGAUGGCGCAGUUCCUGCAGGCUGUCGGCGAGCUUGCGCGCGGGGUGUCCCCACCGUCCGUCUCCCCGGUACGGCACUGGGACGACUCCAUCCCGGGCCUCCCCGCACCGAUGGCCACGGCUCAGAAGCCUUCUUCGUCGGCGGCCAGUGGACCCCAGGACAUGGUCCGGCUCGACGUCACCAUCCCAUGGAGCCUCAUCAGCGACAUCAGAGCUGCCGGUGUCAGCGCCGGCGGCAAGCCCUGCACCGUGUUCGAGGCCGUCGCCGCGGUGCUCUGGAAGUGCCGCACCCGGGCGUCCCUGUCCGCCGUCGACCCCAGAUCUCCGGCGCCGCUCUUCUUCCCGUGCAAUCUGCGAGCCCUGGUCGGCGCUAGCGCCGGCUACUACGGGAACUGCACGGUCGUGCAGGUGGUUAGCGCGACGACCGGCGUGGUGGCAGAUAGCGCCAUAGGCGACCUGGUCGGUCUCAUCAGGCUCGCCAAAGAAAAGGUUCCGGACGUGCUGCGCCCAAGCUCCGAUGACGGCAACAGCAACGGCGGGGGCCGCGGACAAGAACAAGAAGAAGGCCCGCCGGUGCAGUUCACCAUGUACAAUGUCCUCGCGGUACUGAGCUGGCGAAACCUGGGCUUCGAAGCGGCGGACAUGGGCAGCGGUGGGGCGUCACGGGUGAUGUGGGACGCCGACCCCAUGGCGCCGGGCUGCGUCGCGUGCCCGCCGCGCAAGGGGAGGGACGAUGGGGUGAGCGUGUCUUCCAUCUGUGUGAAGCCGGAGCACGCCGACGCCUUUCUCGGCGAGCUUGCCAAGCUUACUGCAUCAAAUAAUUAACUAAUCAAGGAGCCAAUGAUGGGUGUGUGUUGUUCGUCGUAAACUUAAAAGCUUCGCCAUGAAAUCGCACGGAAAUAGUUGUACCCAAUGGCGGCCGUUGAUUAAAAUCUGGCGACUGCGCUACUGCUCAAGGUUCUUUAAUUUGAAAUAAUACCACAGAGUAAUUAUUCUUGUCGUA